CAACAACCACUCCACCUCCGCACACUCCACCCUUACCACGACAUCCCGGAUUCAGUGCCAUUGAAGCGCUGUUCCUAAAUUUACCCCUUCCAACCCUCCCUCCCAAACAACACCACCACACACCGCCAAGAUGGGUCUCACAUUCUCGAAGUUGUUCGACCGCCUCUGGGGAAAGAAGGAGAUGAGAAUUCUGAUGGUCGGUUUGGACGCUGCUGGAAAGACCACCAUCCUCUACAAGCUGAAGUUGGGUGAAAUCGUCACCACUAUUCCUACCAUCGGUUUCAACGUCGAGACUGUCGAGUACAAGAACAUUCAGUUCACGGUGUGGGAUGUUGGUGGUCAGGACAAGAUCCGACCUCUGUGGAGGCAUUACUUCCAGAACACCCAGGGUAUCAUCUUCGUCGUCGACUCCAACGAUCGCGAUCGUGUCGUCGAGGCUCGUGAGGAGCUGCAGCGCAUGCUCAACGAGGACGAGCUCAGGGACGCCCUUCUCCUGGUCUUCGCCAACAAGCAGGAUUUGCCCAACGCCAUGAACGCCGCCGAGAUCACCGACAAGCUCGGACUGCACAGCUUGAGGCAACGCGCUUGGUACAUCCAAUCGACCUGCGCCACCUCCGGUGACGGUCUCUACGAGGGUCUCGAGUGGCUCAGCAACUCCCUGCGCAAGGCCGGCCACCAGUAGACGUCCGUCUACAGUACGACAAUGCACGAAUCACGGCCCCAAAACAUCACAUUACCACCAUGACAUGAUUCACGUGCGCGCGCGACUCCUUUCGAACAACCGAUCUCCCUCAUCAUCCUACACUCUCUCAAGUUUGCGGCAGCAGGACAAAUGGAGAGACAACGUGACAAUUGCAAAAGCAAGCAAAAGGCCAAUCGCUUCAUUGGAAG